AACAAGAAAUGACAAUUUUAUUUGUUUUCCUAUUUUACCAUACAAAAACAAUUCUGUUAUAUAAUGUGCUGAUGUAAUUUGGUUAACCGAAAUGUAUUUUUUUCACCAAAUAAGUAUUUGUGUUUAGAAAUUUAGAAAUGGCAAGUGAAUUAGAAGAUGAUGGUGUUGUAAAUAAAUCUGUAGAUAUACCUCAUGUUACACAGUUUUAUAGCUGGGAUUGUGGUCUAGCUUGUGCUCACAUGAUUUUAAAAUAUUUAGGGAAGCCGUGUGAUAAGUUAUAUACAACAGAUUUAGAUUAUUUACAGUGCGAAGAAAGUGUUUGGACUAUUCAUCUAGCAUAUCUGAUGAAAAGAUAUAACAUAGCUCAUCAGCUGUUUACAAUAACGCUGGGGGUAAAUGAAGGUUAUGCUUCAAAGUCGUUUUAUUCAAGAUUUUUUUGUCGGGAUGAGGGGAAAGUCAAUAAUUUGUUUACUAAAGCUGCCGAAUAUGGAGUGAAUGUUGAAAAAAGGUGUUUGAGUUUAAAAGAAAUAACUGAUUAUUUAAAAGAUGGUACUGUGGCAAUAUGUUUAACAGACUGGGUUAAACUAGAAUGUAUCUGGUGUCGUAAUAUGGUUUCCUGUUUAUCAUGUUUUAUAGAUAUAUGUCAUACAGGAUAUCAAGGUCACUUUGUUGUGCUUGUUGGUUUUGAUUCUGUUAAUAAACAUAUAUUUUAUAAAAACCCUAAUUCAUCUAAAGAGGUGUUAUGUUGUAGUAGAUAUGAACAGUUUGAUAGAGCACGGAAGAGUUCUGGGACAGACGAAGAUAUUUUAUUUAUAUUUAAUAAAGAUGAUGUCAUAGAUUCCUGACAUAUAGAUGAUGUCAUAGAUGCCUGAUAUACAUAUGAUGUCAUAGAUUCCUGAUAUAUAGAUGAUGUCAUAGAUGCCUGAUAUACAUAUGAUGUCAUAGAUUCCUGAUAUAUAGAUGAUGUCAUCGAUGCCUGAUAUAUAGAUGAUGUCAUAGAUUCCUGACAUAUAGAUGAUGAUAUUUUAUUAAUAUUUAAUAAUAAAAAUGAGGUCAUGGAUCAUAGAUUACUGAUCAAUCUGAUUAAAACACAGAUCCUAUUUUGUUUCGUUUUUCAUAGUUCAAAAUUUCGUUUUCCUUGUCUUUACUACACUAGGAUCUGGAAGAGUUGUUAUAUAACCAGAGUUCUGGUUGAAGUGAGGGAUUAGCCAAUAUAACAGUCUGUUACCACGAGUUUUUGACAUUGGUUAAUCAAAUGUCUGACCUCAUAGGUUUAAAAGCUGAUCGUAUGACUCCUGACACGACCUUCUACUACAACCAGUCAGAUCUUCAUGUAGUAGAGAGGAUAUAUCUAUUUGUUAAGGCUAGCUCAAUUUUCGUCAAGGUUGCUGAGAUGUAAAUACGGUUAGGGUACGUGAUUGUUGACGAGGUUAGGGUAAGCAUUGGGGCUAGGUCCAGGGUUACGGUUUGGAUUAGUGCGUGUCCUGUUUACAUCAUGUGACCUUUCACUAGGCUUGAAGUUGGCCUUAUCAAAUAGAUCUAACCGUAGUAGAGGCCAUCAUCGAAGGUAAUUAAAAACGAAACGAAAUAUAGAUCUGUAUUUUAAUCGGAUUACUGAUGAACAGAUUUAUAUUUAAUAAAGAUGACAUCAUUCAUGAUAAAACCCAAACUGAUAAAAGCAAACAUCAACAUUUUGCUAUCUGAGGACCAGACUGUUUUGUGUCAAUAAAAAAAAAAACGUGUUUUUUUUAAAAAAAAAAAAAUAUAUAUAUCGUUCAAAGUUUGAGAACCACAAAACGUUUCAGUAUUGGAAUGAAAUCAUCAACAGUAAUGCUGUGGUAUUACUAUUAUUGGUUCAGUUAUUUGAAUGAAAUUUUCAAUAUAUUCAUUUUUCAUUAUCUAUAUUUGAACAAAUAUAGCAAGAAUGGUCAGUACUUUAUCUAAAUCUUAUAUAAUGCAUCUUUUAAUAUUUCUAUUUUAUGGUGUAAAUAACGGUUAAAUAUUUCUUUCAAGUUAUAUUAUUGUGAUAUAAUUUGUGGGAGUUAAAUAUUUCUUUCAAUUUGUUUUGUGAUAUAAUUUGUGUAUUUUUAUAUGGUGAUUAUAUUGUGUUCAUGUCCAUGUUUUCAUGUCCAUAAUGUUUGUUAUGUAACUCGUAACUUAAAGUAGCUAAGUCUCCAACUCAAUGUCAUCCAAAAUCUUCAACAUUGAAAACACAAUUUAUUUGUCAAAUUAAAUCAACAUUCAUGUUGUGAUCUUACCGGAAAAAGAUGGGCUUUUUGAUAUCAAAUAUUUAAGACAAAAUCAACAUUGUACCAUUGGUACACGAAUCGUGUACCAUAAUGCGCUUCAGCCCCAGUUGUAUCGAGAGACUCGUAUGACGAGGCUAGACACAUUGCACCAAAUCAAACGGCGUAUGUAGACUGGAAUAACCAGACGCUAGAAAUUUGCACUCGCUUGAGACUGCUGGCUUAUUUCGCCGAACAUAACUGAUUUGAAAUUGGAGUAAAAACGGAAACCAUUGAAUGUAAAUCAGUUUAUAUACAUUCAUAUUACAGUAUUAUAUGCGUUGCGACCCACUUUUGUCAAUUUCUAGGUGCCAAAUGUUAGUGAUUUUGCUCCUUUAAUGGGUGGGUUGUAUGGGUGAAUGGUGCGCGCUGUAUCAUAAGGUCUGUCAUUGAGUCAAGUGGUGUGGUUUCGAUUCCCUGGUGGUAUUGACUAGAACCCUGUUUACAUUACAAAUUUUAAGCGUGCCAGGAAUGGUACCAGGAAUGGCACGGUUAAUUUUUUUGUAGUGUAAACGGGUUAAACAUAAGCGUGCCGUACUGAGUACGGUGCCAAUCUGGCCCACUGAAAUGAGGUGAUCUGGGCACUGUACCAGGCACGUAGUGUAAACGCCAUCCGGUGUGAGCAUGGUUUAAAGUAGCUAAGUCUCUAACUCAAUAUCAUCCACAAUCUUCAACAUUGAAAACACGAUUUAUUUGUCAAAUUAAAUCAACAUUGAUGUUGUGAUCUUACCGGAAUAAGAUAGGCUUUUGAUAUCCAAUAUUUAAGACAAAAUAAACAUUUUACCAUUGGUACACGAAUCGUGUAUCAUAAUGCGCUCCAGCCCAAGUUGUAAAAAGAGACUCGGGGGACGAGGCUAGACACAUUGCACCAAAUCGAACGGCGUAUGUAGACUGGAAUAACCAGACGCUAGAAAUUUGCACUCGAUUGAGACUGCUGGCGUAUUUCGCCGAACAUAACUGAUUUGAAAUUGGAGUAAAAAUGGAAACCAUUGAAUGUAAAUCAGUUUAUAUACAUUCAUAUUACAGUAUUAUAUGCGUUGCGACCCACUUUUGUCAAUUUCUAGGUCCCAAAUGUUAGCAAUUUAGCUCCUUUAAGUACGGAUUACUGUGCAUGUGCAAAACAAACCUUGACUAUUUCCCCGCGCAAAUUUUGACAGUUUUGUCAUCAGUUCUGUCAAAAUGGCUGCUCAAACUAAAUCAACCCUCAUAAUUGUUUUCAUCUGGGUAAUUUGCAUAGGGACUGAAAUUAAUUUUUAUGUGAAGAGUUUCACAUUUGGCGUGCUUGGCGCGGUUCCGAGACCUGUUAUUUUAGAGUAAUGUAAACGGGUCAAUUUCUUGAAAUUUAUUGCGGCCUGGUACCGUGCCCAAAACGGCACGCUUAUCGUGGCUAAGUGUAAACCGGGUUAAAAUUGAUAGAAAUUAGCUCUUUGAGAAAAUUAAAUUUAACAGAAAAUUUAUUACAAAAAAAUUCAGAAUCAAUUUUUUUAUGGCAGUGCUAUAAUUACUAUAGGAUUAAAGUAACUAGAUUACAACUUUUUUUUAGUUUAUAUUUUUUGUUGGCCUGGAUUUCUGGCUGGCACGUGCCUUAUUUGCCUAAUGCCGAUUUCUUCGAGAAAGAUAGACGCAUAGCAAAUCGCUUCCAAAUUGCCUAAGAAAAUCGUCUGUUUGUGCUAGAUUUAACCCAGGGGUCUCUGGUUUGAUCCCUCGGCUGGCCGAGAACGUUCCAUGGGAUUUUCCAGCCUGUAUUUCUUGUCAGUGGUGCAGGACGCAGGACAAGGACAAGUUUCUAAGAUUUGCGUCGAAUGGAACGCAAAUCGAGCUCUCCGUCUUCGUAAAGAAGAAUAGAUAGAAAUGUCGCCAUUUGGAUAAAAUUUCCCUCAUAGCACACUGCAUGGCGCAUGGCUGUCACCAUCAUUAAACUCCAUUCCAUUUCAUUAACGUCUUACUAACGAAAUGGGGUUUGAUUUCCCUUGCUUUUGUACUCGCAUUUCAGACAACUGGACAUACUCCUUGUUGUAUUAACAAGUUUAUAUUAACAAUUGCACAAAUAAUAUAUUAACAAUUGCACAAAUGUUAUAUUAAUGGAUUUAUUAUGAUCGAUAUUAAAGAUUUUGUUGUUUUAUAGAGAUGAAUUUAUCUUGUCUUUAUUUUACCUUUUGUUUGCCAGAUUAUGGGGGGUUGAAUGGCCGAAUGGUUAGCACGUGCGCGCUGUAUCAUAAGGCCUGUCAUUGAGUCAACCUGUGUGGUUUUGAAUCCCCGGUUGUACGUGAUAAGGAGUAGGGUCGCCUGCUAACCUCGUGGAUUUUCUCUGGGUCCUCCUGUUUCCUCCCACUGCUAAAGACCCCUACGCGCAAGCG